AUGCGCCUCAUUUUCACGACUAAUGCUAUUUUAGUGGUUUACACAAAAGUAAAUGAAGACCUUGAAGAGAUUGGCCGCACUGAAGUGAUAUUGAAUUCACUGGAACCAUUGUGGGUCACGAGAACCAUAAUAAAUUACAGAUUUGCGGUUGUGCAACCACUCACAUUCAGGAUAUAUGACAUUGCCAAAAAGCAUCUCAAUACACCAGUGAAGAUGUUGUGUUGGGGUGAUCAAUAUUUUCUAGGGGAAGCCAUCUGCAGUUUAUCCGAGGUACUGACAAGGCCAAAUCGGAGCCUAAAACUGAACCUCCGAAAUGAUUAUGGAGCUCCACUACAUAGCACAUUGACUGUUCAUGCUCAAGAAAAUGUUUCGUCAAGGAUGGCAGUUGAGAUGACAUUCCACUGCCUGAACCUGUAUAACAAGGGCACUGACUCAAAAAGUGAUCCCUUCCUGAGAAUCUCAAGGUUGUCAGAAAGUCCUACUGCAAUUCCUCUCUGUGAAACAGAAGUGGUCGAUAACAGUUUAAAACCUGUUUGGAGGCCUAUGGCACUGACAUCACAACAGUAUGGUAGCAAGGAUACCCCACUGCUAGUUGAGUGUUUAGAUUUUGAUGCCAAUGGAAAUCACAGAAUUAUUGGGACUCUCCAUACAACUGUCAGUGAGCUUGAAACACUGUAUAAGUCAAAAGCUGGAGCAGAUUUAUACAGCCAUAAGGGACAAAGGAAGAAAGGAAAACUAUUCUUGGAUAAUUUCCAGGAAAAGGUAAAAUAUACUUUCUUGGACUAUAUAUCCUACGGUUUUGAGCUCAAGUUUAUGGUGGCUAUAGAUUUUACAGCAAAUAAUGGUAAUCCUGGUUCACAAUGGUCUUGGCACUACAUUGACCCCUCUGGCAGUCUAAACUUAUACCAGCAGGCAAUACAAGGGGUCGGCAAAGUUCUGCGGUCGUAUGGCAAUGGUAGCAAAAUUCAAGCAUUGGGUUUUGGUGCAUCUAUACAAGGCCAUCAUCUAUCACGCUGUUUCAACUUGGUCAGUGAGGAGCUCACAGGAGUUGCUGAGGCAUUUGCAGCUUAUGAAUCUACUCUAAAAUUGGUUUCCCUUGCGGGGCCAACCAUGUUUGGGCCUGUGAUCAACAAAGCUGCAGAAAUUGUCAGCCAUUCUGUGGAAAAUGGAAGUAAAACAUAUUCGGUCUUGCUCAUUAUUACGGCUGGAGAAUUUACUGACAAGCAAGAAACAGUAGAUUCUACUGUGAGGGCAUCAGAGUUGCCCUUGUCUAUUAUCAUUGUGGGAAUAGGGGAUGCUGAUUUCACAGGAAUGAAGAUGCUAGAGGCGGGCUACGGUAAGCGGCUGGAAAGCUCAACAGGUCAUGUCGCGAGCCGGAACAUUGUACAGUUUGCUCGCAUGAAGAAAAAUGGAGGUCAGAAGGUUCUCCAAGGUCUGCUGGAUAAGCUACCUGGGCAGCUCGUGGAGUACAUAUCCUGCCCCCGCCUGGUGGAUUGCCACACAUUAGACAAACUUGGGCUAGCAAUUGGAAAAACCGAGAGAUGUUUUGCCGCCAACCAUUUGGGUGUGUUUGGCAGCAAAUUAUUGUAA